AUGUCCACUCAGAAGUCAUCGUUCUCAAAUAGGGGCUUCCAAAUCCACCAGUCUGUAAUUCGGCAUCCUGGCGGAGGAGCACACGACCGAAUUAUACACAUAGUCAACCGCGCUCUUAGGGGCGUGCGUUCGGGCGAGCAUCCGGCACCUCACGGCGACGCAGCCGGGAAACGGCCAGCACUCACCCUCGAUCUUAGCUUCCAGGGGAUGCAGCAUAUUCCCGAAGACGUUGUUGAUCUAACCAAGGAGGACCUAGAAUGGCUCACGAUCUCCCACAAUCUUUUGACCUGUCUGCCGACUCGGUUUGGAGCCUGCAUGAACCUCCGAUAUCUGGAUAUUAGCAACAAUGACCUCAAUGAGUUCCCAUUAUCUAUCUGCCAACUGAAGUCUCUAGAGAUCUUAAAUGUUGCUCAUAAUUCACUCGGGAACAUCCCUGAUCAGAUUGUUUUACUUUCAUCACUCAAAGCACUCUUUCUUCAGAGCAAUCAGAUUGGUUCAUUGCCACUCAGUGUCGGGUUGAUGGAGUCAUUGCAGCUCAUCAAGAUCAGUGGAAACCCCAUUGAGUACCCCCCGCCGGAGAUCUUCAAGGUACCCAAUCAUGCAGAAGAAGCAGAUGCCAUCGUCACCGCACGGAUCAUGAAUUUCUUCAGGUGUGAUGCGUACCCUCAGCUUCUCGUCCCAACUGGCAAUCUCGAUCUCAUCGAUGCCGCGGAUGCUGUGGCCAGCUGUCUGCCCCGUUUACAGAGACUCCUCUCAAUCGACCGCUUUGCCAGAUUGACGCGGCAUCAGUUUAACACGGUGUCAAAUUUGGAACGCUUGGUGUCGCGCAGUGGGCUGCAUCUACGAGAAAUGCAAUUGUACAUCCAAUUCGCUUCUGAAGGUGAUGAAAGUGCCCAGGAGGGUCUGUCGAAAGCUUGUGUGCGGCUUGUAAGAUCCAUGUCGCGAGUGUGCCUCGAGAUCGGGAGCAAUUCCGAUAUGAUAGUUGACCAGGCUGGAGUCCAAGACGUUCUGCCUCUUCUAAGCCUCCUGCAUAGCACCUGUCGGGACCUGAGGUUUGCGCUGCAAGCAUUCACCCCUAAUAAGUCUUGCGAAACUGAAGAUCCAGCCACGAGUAUGCCUUUGACUGCUCAACCUGGUAUAGCUGCUGCAGAUAUUCUCUCUGCUGCACAAGAACAGAAGUCGCUGUUGACCCAUGGAACCAACACCAACAGCGAUAACCAUGAUCAGUCGCUGGACUCAGUCGUGCUUUCUCUCUUGGAGGCUUGUAAAGCGUACAAGGAUCUUCAUGAUCAGCUCCGGGGACAGAUCUCUGCAAGUUGGCGCAAAGAUGACGCGCGAGAGCCUAGGAUGUGUCCAGUCAGGUCUUGGAGCCAAGCCUGCGCCUCCUGCUCAAAGACUGAAGAGGCUGCCUCAAUUCUCCGAAGCUGUCUGCAUCUUUACACCCCCAAAGCAUACGCUGCAAACGACCCAUCAGUUUUUAUCGAGUUAUCCUCUAGGUUUUUGAACAGCUGGGCAGACCUCGGCAAAGGAAUGAUGGCACUGAGAAAGGUUCUGUAUCUUUCGACGGACGUGAGAAAGCAGUUGCAGAAUACGCAGACAACUGUGAAGCGGGCCACGCAGCUUCUAAGCAUUUGGAUCGAACAAAUCGAAAACAACACAAAGGCGGAAAAUUACAUUUGA